AUGUGGUUUAGGAGGAGAAAGGAUCGCUCAGAGGGCCAUAGCUGGUUUGGGCUUCACGAACCGUUUGAUCCUAAAUACAGAUUGGUCACGAGCGGUCUCGUCAAGCCUUGGGUCUUAUUCAUUAUACGACUGGUGUUGGCUGUAUACUCAUUGGCGACGGCUCUGGCCCAUCUCAUUAUCUACGCCGACGUACAACGUCGGCCCGGAGACGAAUACUACAUUUAUUUCACCCGUCUUACGUGGAUUGGCCUCACUGCUUAUUUCUGCGCGUCGUCGUUCCACUCGGGCUUUUUCGUCUUGUCUCUCAGGCAACUCAGGAAGCAUCAGACGUCGCGUGCUCCUUGGUAUCCACUCCAGAAAUGGGGUAAAUUCUUACAGUUUUUGCACCUCUAUCUGUUUAGCACGAUCAUCACGUUUCCGCUUAUUGUAACUAUCGUCUACUGGGCUAUCUUGGCAGACGCAGAAACCUGGCAAACGCCGUUCACCUCCUGGACAAAUAUUAGCAUGCAUGCUAUGAACACUGCCUUUUUGGUCAUCGAGUUCCUCUUUGGACGAGUGCGCCUCCAUCUUGGAUACUGGAUCUUCUGCAUCAUUACUCUUGGUCUCUACCUCGGUCUUGCGUAUCUCGUGCACGAUACUCAAAACAUCUGGGUCUAUAGCUUUUUGGACCCACACAAAUCCAAUGCACAUGUUGCCGCAUACAUUGUCGGCAUUCCUGUCGCAGAGACUAUCAUCUUCUUCAUCAUGUGGGGGCUCAUCCACAUGCGCGACUGGAUUCUUCCACGAGGCCGCGGUGUGAGGGCAACGUAUACGCGCGCACCAACGAGUUUGAUGGCCUCGCAAGAAGAAUUGCCACCUGGAUGGGAAGCGCAAUGGAACGCUGAACACCAGCGAUACCUCUUUAUUGAGGUUGAAAGUGGACACACGCAAUGGGAAUUUCCUCAGAAUACGUCCUACGGAGAGCUCGAGGCUCCAUCUCCGCACGUUCAAGAUGCGAUGAGCCCUGCCACGCCUGCAGGACAUACAAGCACAGGAGGUCAUACCAAACGACGCCAGUAUGCAGCUGGUCAAUCUCAAGCCUACUAUGGAUCAUCGGAGCCUUCGUAUGGCGGUGAUGUGGGAGGAGGAUAUUACGCUGGAGGCCCUCCGGCUGCGGCUGCUGCACCAGGCUAUGGAGGAGGCGGAGGUGUCUUUACACCAGGACUUGCUGGAGAACAGCCUGGGUUUCUGCAGCAGCAGCAGCAACAAGCUCAAGUGGGAUACACUACGCCGGGACCUGGAUAUGGCCAACCACCGCAACAAGGUUGGUAUAAUGCAAAUCCUCAGCAUCCAUCGAAUCCACUCCAAGGCCCUCCUGGUCAAGAGCUUCAUGGAGCUGGUGCACCAGGAGCUGGGUAUGGCGGAAUGGACCAACUGAACAAUCAGUUUGCGCAAAUGGGCAUGGGCGGCGCUAAACCUUAUUCACUCCAUACUGUGAACCUGUUGACAAUGCCGCCUGAUCCGAUCGAGCUCUCCAGGCCUCCACCGGAAAUUCGCCUUCCCCCAGGAGCAUCAGUCACCCAGUCACCCUACGCCAACGCGGACCCAUCUUAUAAACGCUCCACAAUCAACGCCGUUCCGACAACGGCUUCCCUUUUGUCCAAGACCAAAGUUCCAUUCGCACUCGUAAUCACCCCUCACAGGUCCGUCCCUCCAUCUCCAGAGGGAGCUGAGGGUGAUGCCGCGGCAGCUGGCAUCGACCCCGCAGACGAGCCCGUUCCAAUCAUCAGCGACCAGGUCAUUGCGCGAUGCCGUAGGUGCCGUGCGUACAUCAACCCAUACGUGACUUUUAUCGACGGUGGCUCGCGAUGGAAGUGCAUCAUGUGUAACGUUUCAAACGAGGUCCCAGCAGAAUACGAUUGGGAUCGUGCAACCAACACCCAAAUCGACCGCUGGUCUCGUCCAGAGCUCAACCGCAGUGUCGUCGAAUUCGUCGCUCCGACAGAGUACAUGGUUCGACCGCCUCAGCCGCCCGUCUACGUCUUUCUUUUGGAUGUGAGCCCAGCGGCGGUGCAGACGGGCAUGUUGGCAACGGCGACGAGGACGAUUCUCGAAAGCCUUGGACGCAUUCCGAAUACGGAUGGGAGGACAAAGGUCGCGGUGAUUGCGUUUGACACGUCGCUCUACUUCUUUAGCGUCUCGGCGCCACCCUCUGCGAGUGCAGCACCAGCAGCAAACCCCGAUGCGGAAGAUGGAGAGGCGGAGCAAGUACCGCAGACGACGGAGGAACCCGAGAUUAAUAUGAUGGUCGUGUCAGAUUUGGACGACGUGUUUUUGCCGAGGCCGAGCGACUUGUUGCUCAAUUUGUCGGAGAAUCGAAAGGGGUUGGAGUCGUUGCUUGGUCGGAUUAACGAGAUGUUUGCUGCGCCUCCGGCGAUGGGUCCACCUGGUAUGCAAGGCGUGCCGCAGAGCCCGAGCGCCAUGGGACCUGCUUUGCAGGCGGGAUACAAGUUGAUUUCGCCCAUUGGCGGAAAGCUUAUGGUCUUAAGUGCAAGCCUUCCGACCCUUGGAGCUGGUUCUCUCAAGGAUCGCGAUGAUCCCAAGCUCUUCGGAACAUCCAAGGAGUCGAAUCUUUUGCAGCCGGCGUCUCCAUUCUACAAGACGUUUGCAAUCGACUGCUCGCGAAGCCAAGUCUCAGUAGACAUGUUCCUCUUCGCCAGUGGCUAUCAAGACGUCGCAACUUUGAGUUGCUUGCCCCGCUAUACUGCUGGACAGACCUACUUCUACCCAGCCUUCAACGCUGCAAGGUCAGAGGAUGCUCUGAAGUUUGCCCACGAGUUUGGCGAAGUCCUCGCCAGCCCGAUUGGGUUGGAGGCGGUGAUUCGCCUUCGUAUGACCGGCUUCGACGGCAACUUUUUCGUCAGGUCUACGGACCUUCUCUCGUUGGCGUCGGUUCCAGUUGACCAGACAUAUACCAUGGAGGUUGUAAUUGAAGAGACGCUCACUGUUCCAUUCGUCGUCUUCCAGACAGCUGUUCUUCACACUAGCUGCUUUGGCGAACGAAGAAUUCGUGUGGUCAACCUUGCACUCCCGACGACUAGCAGUAUAUCUGAAGUUUACGCAUCGGUCGACCAAAUCGGUCUCGUGACCUAUCUUGGCCGUCGUGCCGUCGAGCGCAGUCUUUCGCACAAACUUGAUGAUGCUCGAGAUGCCGUUGCGAACAAGCUGGUUGACAUAAUGACCGCGUACCGAACGUCAAUGACUGCCGGUGGAGCUGGAGCCAACGCACAACUCGCCAUUGCGGACAAUAUGAAGAUGCUUCCGGUGCUCACCCUUGGUCUCGUCAAGAACAUUGCUGUUCGGCAGAGUACGACUAUCCCGUCAGAUCUUCGUGCGUACGCACAGGCCCUUUUGACCAGCGUACCGCCUCAGUUGGUCGUUCCGUAUAUUCACCCCAACUUUUACUCGUUGAUCGAGAUGGCACCAGAGGCGGGUACGGUUGGAGAACGUGGUAUCAUCAUGCCGGAGCCUCUUCCCUUGACGAGCGAACGACUCCUCCGUCACGGACUCUUCUUGAUGGAAGAUGGCCAAAACAUCUUCUUGUGGAUCGGAAGGGACGCGAUUCCGCAGCUCGUGCAAGAUGUAUUCGAUGUAGAGCGCUACGAUAUGCUACAAAGUGGCAAGAUUACGCUCCCGAUACUGGACAACGACUUUAAUCAACGUGUCAACGCUGUCAUCGCGAAGAUUCGAGAGAUGCGUCGUGGCGUGUAUUGGCCUCACCUCUACCUCGUCAAGGAAGAUGGCGAGCCAGCGCUCCGACAGUGGGCUCUCAGCACUCUCAUCCAAGAUAGAGGGGAUCAAACUCCGAGCUACCAGCAAUAUCUCAACAUGCUCAGAGAAAAGGUUCACGGCUCGGGUUACUAG